AUGGAGCCGGCCAAGAACACCCCUCCUCCAUCGGCUUCGGCAGGCGCUCGCAACCCAUUCGCGUAUCAACAGAAGCUGUUGGAGAGAUCUGCUUCACGGAGCAGCAACUUCUCGCUAACGGGUGGUGGUGAUGCUGGCAACGCACCGUCUGGGGCUACCGGCUCGGCUGGCUCCACUCCUAGCCGCACACCUGGCGCCUCGGGACUCUCACAUUCGAGUUCCAUCAGAAGGUAUCCUGCGCCUCACAGACACACUGGCUCUCUAGAUCCACACAGAACCGCCCAUUUACUCAGUAGCGGUCAUGCUGCUUCCUCUGCCUCAGUCUCGCCCUCGCACGACUCGGCGGCGUUUGGCUCAAAUGGUAGUCUGAGUGCAAAUGGCUCGACAUCGUCCCAGGGUCAGUCUCCAUCACCGGCAAGCUCGUCGACCUUCUCUACACCAUCUUCGAGCCGCGCCAAUCGACAUAUGUCAAUGCCUCCUGCUCCGCGUGAAGACGUAAGCACUCCCACAUUUGCGUCUAGACGGCCGCUUUCACCAACCAAAAGCAGCCCAUUCGCUCGUGCGGUCAGCCCUACGAAGGACCGCCCCGUCUCUCCCACCAAGGGCUACCCCUCACCUGGCUCGCCGGGCAAAGCAGAUUCUUCAUGGAUCAACAACAACAGCAGCCCUUCCACGCCAUCAGGCUCGUUUUGGUCCCACGGAACAGGUACCAGCACCGCACCCUCUUCCCACGCGCCAUCCGCCAUUCAUCUAGGUGGCGUCAGUGAUCUCAAGCGAAGCAGUGUGGGAGCUUUGCAAAUGAUGCGAGGUUUCACGUCCAAGGCCGAUGGGUCUAGUGCUGCAUCUCUUGACCCGGCCCACACCAGAAUGACAGUUGGGCGUAAAGGCGUCUCAGGAACCAAACCAGGCGCUGGUCUUGGUCUAGUUGAAGAGAAUGCAGGCGCCAAAGAGGAGACGUUUACGAAACCUGAGCGGCCAGGUCGAAUGGAAAGCGAGGACCAAGGAGAGGGUGAGAUCAUCCUGCCAGGUAUCACGACCGGAGCUGAGGAUGUUGCAGGUCUAUCUGGAAGAAUCCGUCUCGCCAGGGCAGGAGGUGCUGGUACUGCAGCGCUCGGUCGACCUGCACCAACGGGCAACCUCCCUUUUGCCAACGCUGGAAAGUGGAUGGAUACGCAGCGACACCUUCUGCAAGCCUAUGAGUACCUGUGUCACUGCGGAGAAGCUAAGCAGUGGCUAGAGCACGCAGUCGGGGAAGAGCUAGGCGACAUCGUAGACAUGGAGAAUGAUAUGCGCGACGGCAUCUUCUUGGCCAAGCUGGCACGGACUUUCGAACCUGAUUGCGUGCCACGUAUCUUCACGCAUCCAAAGCUGCAGUAUCGUCAUACCGACAACACCAACUACUUCUUCCGCUUUUGCCAGAAAGUGGAACUGCCCAUCAGUUUCCAAUUCGAACUGACGGACUUGUAUGAGAAGAAGAAUUUCCCCAAGGUCGUGUAUUGCAUCCAUGCGCUUUCGUGAGUCGAAGCUUAGGUUCGAAACCAUACCCGGGCCGAUGUGACUAAAACGCUCCGACUCAACCCGCUGGCUACAGUCACAUCUUGGCGCGUCAGGGUCGAGCACUGAAGGUGGGCAAUUUGGUUGGCAACCUUCAAUUCACAGACGAUCAGUUGCAGCAAACGCAAAGAGGCCUCGAUGCUGCAGGAGUGAGCAUGCCCAAGUUCGGGGCGCUAGGAAAGACGCUGGCCAAAGAAAUGAACAUCGAGCCUGAACCGGAGCCAGAGACGGAGGAAGAACGUGAGUUUGAAUAAGCUGUUCCAGAAACUGGCGGUCAGCGUCUCAAUGUGGCCCGUCACCUUUGCAGGUAUCGAUCGGGAACUCGCCGAGAACUUGUCAUCAGUCGUUGCGACUCAGAGCGCGGUGCGCAGUUUCUUAGCUCGGAAGCGAUUCGACCGCCUCAGGGCGGAAGAGGCUGAGCGAAGGAGAAGAGAAGAAGAGCGUAGAAAGAAAGCCGAAGAGGCACGAAGGCUCGCUGAGGAGGCACGGAUAGCUGAGGAACGUCGCGUAGAAGACGAGCGUCGCAAAGCUGAAGCAGCUCGCCUGGCCGAAGAGCGUCGGAUAGCGGAAGAGCGCAGAAUAGCUGAGGAGAAGCGGGAGGCGGAAGAGAAACGCAUCGCCGAGGAGAAACGCAGAGCUGAAGAGCAGCGAAUGCUCGCUGUUUGGGCUCCGAAAGUCCAAGCUCAUGUGAGUGCAAUGCUCCAUCAGGGGAAAUUUUUUUGCUCGUGCUGACCUGUGCUCGUGGAAUGCACCUGCAGAUCAGAGGCACUAUGCUCCGAAGACGCUUUUAUAGCGACGUCUCUGCUCUGGACCAGCAUGAGCGGAGCGUGGUUGGUCUACAAGCGCAAGUGCGUGGCGUGUUAGCACGCCAGGCCUACCAGGACCAAAUCUUCCGCCUAGGCGAUGCCACGGAAGAGGUCAUAAAGCUGCAAGCAGUCUGUAGAGCUGCACUUGCUCGAAGAGCGCUACUGGGCAAGAUUCGUUCGCUGCGAGACGCUACUGGCGAUAUCGUCCGCAUACAGGCACAGGUGCGCGGUGUCAUCCUCAGACGGCAGCGUAAACAGAUGAAAGCCGCUCUGCAAAAGGUGGAGGUACACCGCUCAGUCGGUGGCUUGCAAUCCUUUGCUCGUGCAGCUCUUGCGCGAAGGAAGCAUCAGGAGCAAGCCAAAGAGCUUGUCUUUGUUACACCAGAUGUCGUGGGCAUUCAAGCUCAGAUUCGGGGCGUGCUCGCCAGGCUUGACUACCAGUGGUGGCGAAGUCACAUUCUCUCAAGCGAGCCGGUUGCCGUGCAUCUGCAGUCUCUAGUGCGAGGACUUCUCAUGCGUCGCAACUUCAACGCCAAAUUGCGGCACUAUCACAACCAUCUCGAAAAGGUCGUCAAGAUUCAGAGUCUGUUCAGAGGCAAGCAACAAGGCGAGCAGUACCGCAGUCUCACUAUGGGGAAGAACGUGCCUGUGGCGACGAUCAAGAACUUUGGCCAUCUCUUGAAUGACUCAGACCAAGACUUUGAAGACGAAAUUGAGGUCGAACGGCUACGGAAACAGGUCGUGCGAAACAUUCGGGAGAAUCGCACGCUCGAGAAUGACGUCAGCGACCUGGACACAAAGAUCGCAUUACUUGUCAAGAACAAGAUCGGUAUCGAGGAGCUCAUCAAAGCGAAGAAUGAGCGCGGAUUGCUCGGUCAGCGCGAGGCAGCUGCUACUCUGGCUCGACGCAAUUCCGUCCUCGUCGCGGCAAACGAUCCUUUUGCUGACCAGACCCUCAACAAGGAGGCAAGGCGGAAGCUCGAGCUGUACCAGGAAUUGUUCUAUUCCCUUCAGACGCGGCCGGAGUAUCUAGCUCGGCUGUGCGCCCGCGUCGGCAAGAUGGAGAUACCUGAUCGACAACGCAAGCAGGUGGAGAAGAUUGUACUCACCCUCUUUGGCUACGCCCAGAAAGCCAGAGAAGAGUAUCUUUUGCUCAAGCUGUUCCAACGCUGUGUGAGCGAGGAGUUGUCCCUGGUCAACAGCGUUCAGGAGUUCAUGCGUGGCAACGCACAAUUCAUCAAGCUCGUCGUCCAGUACAACCGAGGUGCAAAGGAGAGGCAAUACUUGCGAGCUCUGCUUGCGCCCCUUGUGCAAGGCAUAGUUGAGGAUGACGUUCUGGAUUUGGAAACAGAUCCUUGCGCGAUCUACCGCGCUUGCAUCAACGCAGAGGAAAUGCGAAGCGGCCAAGCGAGUCGUAGGCCCCUCGAGGUCAACUUUCACGAGGCGUUGGCUGAUCCAGAGGCACGGACAGCUUUCAUCCAGCAUCUGCAGUUCUUGCGUGGCACUACUGAGGCCUUCCUGGCUGCCAUCGUCGGAUCAACGAAGCGCAUGCCUUUCGGCAUCCGCUACAUUGCGCGCGAGGUGUUCCGGGGCCUUCAGGCCAAGUUCCCCAACGAGGCCGAAGACGCUCUCAUCAAAGUCGUUGGCCAUCUUGUCUACUACCGCUAUCUGAACCCUGCUAUCGUGGCUCCCGAGGGUUUCGACGUCAUCGAGACGCUCGUCGGCCCCGUGCAGCGCAAAAAUCUCGCGGAAGUUUCGAAGAUGCUCACCCAGGUCGCCGCCGGCAGGCUUUUCUCGGAUGACAACCCUUACUUGCAGCCCUUGAAUGAGUAUGUCACUCAAGCGUCCAAUCGCUUCGUCAAGUGGCUGUACCAGGUCGUUGACGUUGCCGAUGCAGAGCUGCACUUUUCAGCCGACGAGUUCCUGGACCACACAAUCCCGCAAAAACCAGUCAUCUACAUCUCACCCAACGAAAUCUACUCCAUGCACCUCCUGGUCUCGCAGCAAGUCGAUCACCUUGCGCCUCACCCCAACGAUCCCCUGCGCGCGGUGCUGGGGGAGCUAGGUCCACCGCCGAUGUCCACGUCAGCUGAGCUCAACACUGCUCGUGAUGGAGAGAUUACCUUUGAGCUGACCUCCCGCAGCACCAACAUCACGGACCCAGAAGCUGAGACGAAGGCACUCUUCGUCGAGACCAAGCGCCUCGUCCUUUCGCUGCUGAAAGUGCAGUCCGGAAAGACUCUUGUGGACGUCUUCGUCGCUCCCGUCACUGAUGCCGAUGAGAUGGCAUGGGAGGAAUUGGUGUCACUCGAAGUCGCAGGUGAUCGUCAGCGUUACCGCGGUCAGCGGCCGCCCGCCUCGAUGGACGCUCUUCGCAGCCCACGCUUGGAGGACGUGCGUCGGCUGUCCUUUGCCGAAUUGAAGGCGCGCACAUUGGAGAACAUGCUGCAGCUCGAACGUGCUGGCAAAGUUUCCAGGUCGAAUGGUUACCAAGAGAUGCUCUCUGCCUUGGCCAUCGACAUUCGCAACAAGCACAGAAAGCGCAUUCAACGGCACAAUGAGAUCACCGCAAUGCACGUGACGCUUCAGAACUUGGCGGAAAAGAAGAACUACUUGGAAGAGCAGAUCGGCUCGUAUGGGUCCUACAUCGAUGCAAGCAUGCAGCAGAUGCAAAAGAAGGGGUAAGUGCCCGUAACGUCGCUCGCUCGUGCGUCUCCACCACACGUGCACUCACACGCUUUGCUGGCUCUGUCACUUUGCAGCAAAAAGAAAUUCGUUCUACCCUUCACGCAGCAGUACUUCCACAUGCGAAGUCUCAAAGCUAGCGGCAAGGUACCCAAGUUCGGCUCGUACAAGUACACCGCUCAGCGGUUAUUUGAGAAGGGCGUCCUCCUCUCUGUGGAUCAGUUCAGCUCGAAACAGUAUGAUCAGAUCAACCUGACCAUCAGCUCGGAUGAGCCGGGUCUUUUCACCGUAAGCGCUUCAGUCCUUGGCGUCGCUGGCGGCACGGAGGACCUGCGCAUCGAAGAUCUACUACAGGCGCAAUUUUCUGGCGUCUCUGUCCUCACCCUGAUGGACGGAAUGGCAAAAGUGAAGUUGCCUUUGCUGAUCAAUCUGAUCAAUUCAAAGGUGAGUUUUGGUGCGCGUGCUGCUCGGCUUCGAACCACAAGCUGACCAAGAGCGACUCGACGCCAUGAUUCAGUUCUACGCCUAA